AUGCUGAUCGAGAAAGAAGGAGGAACCGUUGCCGAUGCGCUCACCGCCCUCUCCCUGGUCCGCGAGCUCGUCCCCAUCGCCCUCCAGGUCCUCGGCCACGAAGAAGCUGAAAUUAGCGAGCUGGUCAUCGAUUUCAUCCGCAGCUACGUGCUCAUCGUCAACGCCAGCAAUGAAGCGGAGACGCUAGAAUUCCUGAAGCGUGUCGUCCAAGUAUCCCUGCGCCGCUACACGAUGCCCUUCGAGCUGGAGCCGGACGGCGAGGGGGAGGACGAGAUCAAGUUCCACGAAUACCGCACCCAGCUGCGCAGUCUGAUCAACCCCAUUGGAACUCGGCGCCCCCAACUCGUCGUGGAGCCAGUAGAACAGAUGGUGGCCCAGGUGUUGAGCUCGGGCAAGACGAUGAACAUCCGGCAGGUCGAGGCCACGAUACAGCUCGUCUACUCGCUGGCCGACAUGAUUCCGGCAAAUUUCCCCAACACUGCAAAAGACAAGGACGUCUGGCUGGUGCGCGCCGCUCAACUACCCCUGGCUCUUUUGGACGCCGUCCCACUCGAUGGUCGCUCCAAGCAGGUGCAUAUCCAGUACUUUGAGAAUGUGUGCCGGUAUGAAAAGCUGGUCGGAACAUCCCCGAACAAGGUCCGCAGCCGCAUCGCCUAUCUCUUUGUGCGAUUCGUGAAGGCCCAGAAGCAAGCACUCAGCCCGCACGUCUCUGAGAUGGUGCCCCGCAUCGCGCCGAUACUGGCCCCCGGAGCCGUGACGCCGCUGUCACCAGAAGAUCAGGGCUUCCUGUUCGAGGUCACCGCCACGCUCAUCGUUUUCGGCAACUUGGAACCGCAGCAAAAGCGCCAAUUCUUCGAGGAGCUGAUCGGCACCGUGGCCACCCGUUUCCAGCAGGGAAUGCUCGAGCUCCAGGCGGCACGUCAGCAGGGGAUCCCUGAAGAGAUCACCAGAUGCGAGACGUCACUCACCACCGUUGUCUCUCAUGCCAGUCGCCUUUCCAAGGCCUUCUCGAAGGACGUGACGAUGAAUUCGCAGUCGAGCGCCGAUCUGUUUAUGAACAUCCUCACCCUAUUCCUCGACCAGCUAACCCCGGUCAACGCCUUCUUGCUGGAGAACAUCCGGCAGCUCACCAACCGCCUCGUCGUCUGCAUAGAGCUGGAGAUGCUGCGGCUCUUGCCCCGCGUCUUGGGCAAGUUCAGCGAGUGCAGCUCCGAGCUGGACCAGAUGCAUCAUCUGCUCAUCCUGUGCCAUCAGGUCGUCACCAAGUACAAGAAAUCCAUCCUUCACACCGGCUCCAACCUGGGCACGAUUCUCUCGCAGGCGGCGCGUUUCGCUUCCGACCCGGAGGUGCAGGCAAAGUUCCGGCAGGAUUCUGUGAACAAGUCGGCAUUGCUAAUGUGCCAACGAUCCUUUGCUCAAUUCCUCUAUGCCGUUGUGGUCAGCGAGACGUUGCAGGAUCUGGCUCCGGGAGAAGCCGGAGACAUGGUCCUCGAAUCCGCUCGUCGACUCGCCUUCCUCUCCGACACCACCGUCGAAAAGCAGGCAAUCAUGAGUCUGGCCAAGUGCGCGAUCCAGAGCAUCACCCACAACGGCGGUCGCUGGUAUCAACCAAUGGUGCGCACCAUUCUGGAGAUCCCCACACUCCCGCAUUUGGCCCCCACCGAUGCCGGCAGUCAAAUCGUGCUCCACGAGUGCGCCAGCGGGCUGCAGUCUAUGCGAGAAGCCGCACAGCCGCAAUUCGAUCAAGUCGUCGCCGGACUGCUGCCAGGAGAAAUCGGAACGAAUCUCAUCGGAAUGCUGUCGACGCUGAAGGGCCGCGAGCUCGACAAGGCACUCACCGAAUUCUACUCGCGGAUUCGCAGCCAGCAGCAGAAGACGGCA